UUAUGCAAUGAUGUUAGGCUUCGGGGAAUAUUCUCAGAAUGUAGGAAGCACCUCCUGACCCAGUUAUGAUGUAAAUACUUUUUGUGACUAUCUUCUCUCUUCAAAGACUUCUGAAACAGCCAGGCUCUUAGGCAUAAUUGAAUCCUGGGGGAGAAUUUUACAGAAAUGUUUGUUGGUUUGUUUGUUUGUUUUGUGGCACUUGUGGUGAUGAAGAGGAAGCUUUCCCCUUAGUGGGUAAGGGAGAAUUUCACAAUGAAACUGGCCGUUAAUGCUUACCUACUCAAGACUGAUGAGGACAUCUAUGCUUGGGGAAACAAAUAAUUUUAUUAGUUCUGUUUUAGCAUCUAGGACAGUAAGAAAGUGUAACAACAAUCUGACUAUUUGAAACAAUGUUCCUUGAAUUUCCCAAUUCAAAAGACUGCAUAGAGCUAAGAAAGAAAUAAAAGUACUGAGAGACGUUUUGUAUGUCAACUCAAAUCACAAAGGCAGGGCUUCUCUACGGAUGUAUAUAAGAAUUACAUCUACCUUUUGGAUACAGCAGGUGGAACAGAAAGAAGGAAUUCUGGGGCAGAUAUCCCAGAACUAUCCCAAAGCAAAAACCUUCAUAAAAGGUUAUCUCUCCUUGACAGGUGCAAGAGCAGGGAAGUCAUUUGGUCCUUGAGGUAACGUCUAGUUGGGAAGUUACGACAAUGACGUCCGAGCUUAUGGCAAUCCAGGUGACCCUGAGCGCAGGGGCACCCGUAAGACUGCGGCACAGAAAAUACGCUAGCCUGCCAGUCUCCCCUCCCCCCUUACAUUCUCGGGGGAUUGGAGUAGCGUUGGUGUCGCUGACGCCAUCCCUUCCCGCCUCUGGCUCUCAAGGAGCAUGCGCUUCCUUCCUCACUUCCUCUAAAGGAAGGAGAGUAAGGCUACGCCCUAGCGGACCCGCGGCCGGCUUCGCGUCACAGGAACUUCAGCACCCACACGGCGGACAGCGCUCUCCUCCACCUGAGGACCUGACUCCCGAGCGCCUGGAGCCUUUCUAAUCGCUUUACUCUGCAGCCGCGCGGAGCUCCACCGGCCGCUGGGUCCCUGCCACUCACCCUCCCCACACCCUCCCUCCUAGCUCUUCCUGUUUUUACUCCUUCUUUUCAUUCAUAACAAAAGCCACAGCUCAGGGAGCCCGGCGCCAGGCUGUAUCUGAAGCCAAGCGUAGAAGAAUGGGGUUUCUUUGGACCGGCACUUGGAUUCUGGUGUUGGUGCUCCAAAGCAGCCCAAUUCAAGCUUUCCCCAAGCCGGGAGGCAGCCAAGACAAACCUCUACAUAAUAGCGAAUUAAGUGCAGAAAGACCUUUGAAUGAACAGAUCGCUGAAGCAGAGGCAGACAAGAUUAAAAAAACAUACCCUCCAGAAAACAAGCCAGGUGAAAGCAAUUACUCCUUUGUUGAUAACUUGAACCUGCUAAAGGCAAUAACAGAAAAGGAAAAAAUUGAGAAAGAAAGACAAUCCAUAAGAAGCUCCCCAGAUGAUAAUAAAUUGAAUGUGGAAGAUGUCGAUUCAACCAAGAAUCGAAGACUGAUUGAUGAUUAUGAUUCUACUAAGAGCGGAUUGAAUCAUAAAUUUCAAGAUGAUCCAGAUGGCCUUCAUCAACUAGAUGGAACUCCUUUAACUGCUGAAGACAUUGUCCAGAAAAUUGCUACCAGGAUUUAUGAGGAAAAUGACAGAGGAGUAUUUGACAAGAUUGUUUCUAAACUGUUGAAUCUUGGACUAAUCACAGAAAGCCAGGCACACACACUAGAAGAUGAAGUAGCAGAGGUUUUACAAAAACUGAUCUCAAAGGAAGCCAACACUUAUGAGGAGGAACCCAAUAAACCCAUAAGCGUGACUGAAAGUCAGACUGGAAAAAUACCAGAGAAAGUGACUCCAAUGGCAGCAAUUCAAGAUGGUUUUACUAAUGGACAAAAUGAUGAAACAGUAUCAAAUACCUUAACCUUGACAAAUGGCUUGGAAAGAAGAACUAAAAUCUACAAUGAAGACAACUUUGAGGAACUCCAAUAUUUCCCAAACUUCUAUGCACUACUGAAAAGUAUUGAUUCAGAAAAAGAGGCGAAAGAGAAAGAAACGCUGAUUACGAUCAUGAAAACCUUGAUUGACUUUGUGAAGAUGAUGGUAAAGUAUGGCACAAUAUCUCCAGAAGAAGGUGUUUCCUACCUUGAAAACUUGGAUGAAACUAUUGCUCUUCAGACCAAGAACAAGCUAGAAAAAAAUGUUACUGACAAUAAGAGCAAACUUUUUCCAGCACCAUCAGAAAAGAGUCAUGAAGAAACAGAUAGUACUAAGGAAGAAGCAGCUAAGAUGGAAAAGGAAUAUGGAGCCUUGAAAGAUUCCACAAAAGCUGAUAACCCAAGAGGAAAGACGGAUGAGCCAAAAGGGAAAACGGAAGCCUAUUUGGAAGCCAUCAGAAAAAAUAUUGAGUGGCUGAAGAAACACGACAAAAAAGGAAAUAAAGAAGAUUAUGACCUUUCAAAGAUGAGGGACUUCAUCAACCAACAAGCUGAUGCUUACGUGGAGAAGGGCAUCCUUGAUAAAGAAGAAGCCGAUGCCAUCAAGCGUAUUUACAGCAGCCUGUAAAAAUGGCAAAAGAUUCAGGAGUCUUUAGACUGUUUCAGAAAACAUAGCUUCAAACACUUCUAAGUCUGUGAUUAAAGUAAUUUGAGUCAAGGAUUUUUAGAAAGUGAUGAAAGUGCAGUAGUUAACCUUUUAGAAGUGGUCAAACAUAGCUUUCUUGCCAUAAAAACGAUUUGAGAAGUAAAGUUGUAUGUAAGCUGAGAUUUUGUAUAUAGAAUCCUUAUUUCCUUAUAGAUUUACAUUUUAUAAUCAGAGAUAUGCUGCUUUGGAAAGCCUGUAACAGACUGAAUUUAAAACUGAAGCUUCUUCCCGCUGUGUCACAUAGACACCCCCCAAAGAAUUAGGGGGUUCUGUUUUCAAGGCAUGCUGGGUAUCAAAACACCUCAUAGAAUCUGUCUGUUACAAGAUGUCAUUUCCAUCACCAGUUCCCUUUUGGGAGUUAAAAUAAAUUAACAUUUCCUCAAAGCCUAUCUAGCAUAAAGGAUAGCUCUCUGCUUUUUGGCUGUUCCUGCUGGCUCUUUAUCAGGCCCCACUGGUGCAGAAAGGAACCUGGAAAAUGGGCAUAGGA